UAAUCUUAGACUCGGUUAGCCAAUUUAUAAUCUCUCACCACUCAUUCCUUUCUCAUCGCCCCUAUUCACCAUCGAUUUUUCCCCCAUUUUAUUUUCACAAACCCUAAAACACAAACACCCUCGCACAGCCGAGUCCCCAAUUUUAUCGUAUUUCUUCAUCACUCGCUUCACAAUCAAUUCCCACUUUCCUCAAAUCGAAAAAUCAACCUUUUUAUCCGUUAUCUGAUUGUUUCUUAAAAUCGAUAACACAAACCCUAACUUUCGAUUCUCUUAUCCUGAUUGUUUUUCAUCGCUAUUUCCGGGGAUUGUCGAUUUUCAAGGGAGUUUUUUUUUUUCUUAAUCCUGUUCUUUUGUAAAUCAAUUUAAAUCUUUCUAAUUGAAAUACCCUUUUUUCUUCCCUUUUAAGUGAAAGAAUUUUGAUCUGUUUUUACGAAAUUUGAAGUUUAGAAUUUCUGUUUGUUUGGUGGUUUUGUUGGUGUUCUUGUAUAAUAGUAUUCGGGUUUUCUUUAUUUGGAAAGAUUCAACUUGUUGUAGAUCUUCAACUUUGAAACAAUACCCAGAAUUUCAUCUAAUCUCACAGAGAUAAAAAAUCCCCUUUACAUCUAAACUUAAUUUCCACACUCCUAAUAAAACUGUUGAACAAUUGUUCCUUUUUAUUUGGAGGAUUGAAUUAGCUUAAAAAUAGUUGUGGGUAUAAUCCUGAAGAGAGAGAGAAACAAGAAACAUGGUGGGUGGAGGAAGCAGGAAGAACGAAGGGUCAAUUACUAUCAACAACUCGAAUGUUUUCGCCGCACUCGAUACGCUUAAGAAGAAGAAGAACAAGGAUAAGAGCAAGAGUAGCAGCAGUAAGAGCUCUUCUAAGGCUGCUUUGAAGGAGCAGGAAGAUCCUCAAGUUUUCUGGCAACCCGCCCCGUUGAACGCCAAGUCAUGGGCGGAUGUGGAGGACGAAGAUGAUGAUGAUUUCUACACCACCACAGCUCCACUGCCGUCUAUUUGGGGCGCUCCGGCUUCGCAGCCGAACGACGAGGCUAGUGCCCUUGCAGAGGAGAGUGAAAGUGAAGAUGAUAUGCUUGAUUUAGGUGAUGAAGAGGUUGAUGAAGAGCAUGAACAUGAAUCAGAUGCUCCUGUACACUCAGAGCCAGUGGUUACUAAAGCUCCUGAAGUGCCUGCUCCACCAAAAGAAACCGAGAGGCAGCUUUCAAAGAAGGAACGGAAGAAGAAGGAGCUUGAGGAGCUAGAAGCUCUUCUUGCUGAUUUUGGACUUCAGAGCAGCAAUGGUCAAGAUGCUGCACAAGAGAAGAAAACAGAUGAACAAAAGGUAGAAGGUGCUUUAGAGAAUGGAGAGAAGAAGGAUAGUGGCGCUCCAGAGUCUAAAAGUGCAAAGAAAAAGAAAAAGAAGGACAAAACAUCCAAGGAAACAAAGGAAGCUCAAGAUCAGCCUAACAGCUCGGAGGCCACAGUUCAACCAAAUGAAUCAGUUGGAGCUGACCAGACAGAAGAGGAUGCAACUUCUCUCGAUGUCAAAGAGCGCCUAAAGAAGGUGGCUGCUUUAAAGAAGAAGAAAUCAAGUAAAGAAAUGGUUACUCCGGCAAAAGCAGCUGCAUCAGAGGCUGCUGCAAGGAGUGCGAGGCUUGCUGCUGCCAAGAAGAAAGAGAAGAACCAUUACAACCAGCAACCUGUGCGGUAAACAAUGAAUGUUUGUUUUUUUGUACACAGAUCAAAGUGUUCCCUUUUGGUCGUUCAUUGCUGGUGCACAAAUAAACUCUGGGGGAUCUGCUCUACUUUUGGAUAGAUGUUCUUUUGCUUUGGACCGCCUUGUUUAUGUAGUCAGGAAAUUUUCUCCAUUUUUGGCUUCUGAGUUCUGAGGUCUUUACUAUUGCGUAGUUAUAAUGUGAUACUACCAUUUUGGAACAGUUUCUUAUCGAAAAUCUUCUGUUAAAUGUUACUUGAAUCUGGUUGAGCAGAUGCGGGUAAUGUGUACAUUGUGUCCUUGUGGAUGAGAUUGAUACUUUCAGAAGCCAAUUUUUGUGAAUUAAUUUGACCUGAUCAAUAGUUCUCAUCUGUAA